AUGGCCGAGCUUAAAGCAGCCCCCGUGCUGUCGACUCCGGCCGAGAACCUUUUCGACCAGGUCGAGCCUGUUUCGGUCGAAGAGACGCCACGCCGCAGCGAUGACGAGCUGCGUGCGGUCUACGAGGUUGCUCGGACGGCCCGGGAGAUCCGUGCCGGGAACCGAAAGUGUGUAGCGCUGCAGUUUCCGGAUGCCAUGCUGGGCGACAGUCCACGAGUUGUGAAGCUGCUGCGCGAGGAGCUGACGGCGACGGCCGUCGAGAUCGAAAGCGGCGUCGCGGCCAGCGAGAAGGUGUACAUUCUGGCGGACACGUCAUACAGUGCCUGCUGUGUCGACGAGGUGGCGGCCGAGCAUGCCGAUGCCGACGUGGUUGUGCACUACGGCCGCUCGUGCCUGUCGCCGACGUCGCGGCUACCGGUCAUCUAUGUCUUUACGCAGCACGCGCUGGACGAGGACGCCGUCGUGCAGUCGUUUGCCAAGGAGCUGGGUGCCCCUCAAGAAGGUGACGACAGUGAAAGGACACAAAACGUGGUCAUUAUGGCCGACGUGACCUACCAAGACCAUGUGGCGCCUGUAGCCGAUCGGCUGCGCAGCCUAGGUUACAAGAACGUGCUGGCCACCAAGGUGGUGCACCGUCCGUUGGGCAGCAUUCCGAAUCGGACGAUUGUUGGAGCCGAGGACGGUGCCGAGGUCAAAGACGAGGACGUUGAUCUGCACGAGUACGCAGUCUUUCACAUUGCACAGCCGCCGACAUCGCUGCUUCUGGCCCUUGCCGCCCGCGUCAAGACCUUUUACAUUUACGCGACCACCGAUACCGACAACUCGGCCGCCGGAUCCCUCCUGGCGCCCCGGACCAUGGGCUUGCUCGGCCGCCGCUACGCCAAGGUGCUGACAAUGGCGACGGCGGGCGUCAUUGGCAUCCUUGUCAACACGCUCUCGGUCAACAACUACCUAAAGGCUGUUGACGCCAUCCGCAAGCGCAUUGCCGACGCUGGGAAAAAGAGCUACCUCAUUGUUGUCGGCAAGCUCAACCCCGUCAAGCUGGCGAACUUUGCCGAGAUUGAGGGCUGGGUCGUUGUCGGCUGCUGGGAGAGCAGUCUGGUUGAGGACGAUGCCGGUUUCUACCAGCCUGUGGUGACGCCCUUUGAGCUGGAGAUGGCACUGAUGAGUGACGAUGAGCGCAUAUGGGGCCACAAGUGGUGGGGCGGCCUGGAGGCGCUGACGACCGUACCAGAGGACGAGACCAACGGCGAACCAGCGGCUGACGCAGCUGCACCAACCGACACGACUGCGGGGAACGGGGCCGUUUCCGACGAGGAAGACUCCGAGGUGCCGCAAUUCGACCUACGUACCGGCCGGCUGAUUACGACAAGCCGGCCUAUGCGCAACCGGGGUCCCAACGCCAAGAGUGUCGCAAACGGAGACCGAAGUACCAUAGCAAGCUCGUCCCAGAACCCCAAUGGCGGUGCACUGGCGCUUCGCUCCAAGGCCGGAGAACUCGCGACAAUCAACGGUGUUGCCAGCCCCGGCGCAGAAUUCCUUCGGUCGCAGCGUACUUGGCAGGGCCUCGGCACCGAGUUUGACGACGAGGACGUUGUGGCGAGCACGGCUGUCGAAGAAGGCCGCAGCGGCAUUGCACGAGGCUACACUGUUGGCGAAGAGGCACAGCCGCGGACAUAA